AUGACCGAGUUGCCGCCAAAACUCACCGACAAAUUCAUCGCUGCAGAAAACCCUCGAAAUUUCCGGUCAAUCGGAUGCUGCAAACAUGGAAUUGGGAAGCAGGGAUUGUUCAGCUCAAACCAGUUUAAGGAUCAUCAGGUCUCAAAUCCCACCUCGAUUUUCUUUUCGUGCAGGAUGAUGGCUUUAGGAAUACGAAAUCAUUGUCUUCCUCUUCAUCACUGUCAAGCCAGCCGUAGCAUGGCUGGAGCCUACGUGGCGAGUGGCCUUCGGGUUUACUUUCUUCGUUUGUACAACGCUAGAGGAAGUCCCGGCUUCAGAUUGCUCCUCCAAAUUCGUCUCCUAAGAAUAGAAAUGUACGAAUAUAAUGUGGACUUGAGCAAAUAA